CAGUUGAGAUACAUAUACUUAUAAAAUAAUUUUCAUAAUAAUGAGCUUAAACUGUAUUGCCUUGCUCAUAGGAUUUAGGUUUUAUCUAACAAUGCAAUUACUUUGCCCUUGAAUUGCCUGUAUUUUGUUUGUGUGAAAUGCUACCUCAAUCUGCUGGCUCUCCAAUGGAUUGUGAUGAGCCUGGUACCAAUGAACAGUCCAUGCCACCCGAUAUUUGUCUCAAGUCAUCAAUGAAAUUCUCCCUAAAUCAUAGUCAGGACUUUGGCUCUCCUCCUUCUCCUCGCUCUUGCCCACCUCAACAAGAACAAGAUGCAUAUUCCCUUAUUAAAGAAAAUAUGGACAUUGUGAAAGAAGAUGCAUUUGAUCCUACAUUCACCUCAUCGGACCUUCUACAGUCAGCAUGCAUCAGUGAUUGCAGUGAUGUUCAUGAUCAUGCUGAUAUAGCUGAAAGUCUCCCAGACUUGUGUGGUGGAGUGGAUUCAUCUCGAACUUGUUCAGUUACUUUGAAAUCCUCUCCUGAAACUGAGGGAAAUCUGCAAGCUUCUUCUAGCAGUUGUGAUGGCAUGAUGAUGCCUACAAGUGAUUGUCAGCAUGGAGCAAAACCUAAAAUAUUCAAGUAUAGCAACUUGAACAAGCCUAAAAAGACUACUGGGAAAAUUCAAAAUAGUCCAAUUAUGAUAGAAUCAUCUAAAGUUGUCAUGGAGACUCAAAGAAGUGAAUUUGCCAGUCCUGUGCAUCCUAAGACUAGUUUAUCUUUGCCACAUAAAAUCUGUGAUUCUACUAUAGAAGAAAAAGUUUCUAACUCUCAUGCUGCUGUGGAUAAACGAAAUGAAUUCCAUAGUUUAGAUAAUGAUAUUGAUAUCAGUUCAAUGAAAUGUGAUGAUAAACAGACUCCUGAUCUCACUUCUGGCUACACUCAUUCCAAUGAAACUGAAGACUUUGCAAUGCCAGUAGAUCUUCUUAAGAAUGAAGAAUCAGCUUCUUCUUUUUUAAUCACAAGCAAUGCCCCCAGUGAUUGUGGGGAUGACCAUUCCUGUGUUCAAAUUAAUGAUUUAGUGGAUUCUGAUGCCAAGGAUGAAGAUGGCAUUCCCAGUCUAAUGGAAGACUAUUUGUUGUAUGACAGUCACCCCAUAAGUUUGGUUGCAUGCGGUAUCUGGGACUGUGAUAGUCGCCAAACACAAUCUGAGUGCAGUGAUGGUGCUCGGAGUGGUCUGUUGCUGGUGAGCAACAACCUUCGCUCUGCCAGCCAUCCCAUGUUUUCUCGGUGGCCAUGUGAGGCUUACAUUCCAUCUCACAUGCUCAUAGAAGUGGCAUUCAACUCGCAUGGGUCAUCAUUAGGAGUCUCAGCAGAGGGUGGAAACCACCAUAUUUAUGGCAUAGCUCUGGGCACCUCGGCAGCUGCUGAUGACUCAGAGGCACAGGCACGAGAGAAUGAACAAAUGAAGCUUGCUAAGCGCAUGGGUCUCAUCCACCACCUUCCCCAGGGCACGGUUGAUGCUGGGACCAGCGUUAGAGAGUGCGUUAUAUGUAUGAUGGAUCUGAUUGAGGGCGAGAAGGUUCGCUACUUGCCCUGCAUGCACGUGUACCACACGCAUUGCAUAGAUGACUGGUUCCAGCGCUCCUUCACGUGCCCCUCGUGCCUAGAGCCUGUGGACGCGGCCCUCCUCAACACCUACAACACCACGUAGCCUGUGGACGCUGCACUUCUCAACACCUACAACACCACGUAGCCUGUGGACGCUGCACUUCUCAACACCUACAACACCACGUAGCUUGUGGACGCGGCCCUCCUCAACACCUACAACACCACAUAGCUUAUAGAAGCAAUGUUCCUCAACACCUACAACACCACAUAGCUUGUGGAAGCGAUGAUCCUCAACACCUACAACACCACAUAGCUUGUGGAAGCGAUGAUCCUCAACACCUACGACACCACGUAGGUUGUGGAAGCUGCACUUCUCAUCAAUUACAACCCAAUUCUGCCUGUGCUCAAUACCUCCGAGACAUUAUAAAUACGUAUAUUUUUCAAGAAAUUGCCAAACUCGAGCUAAUUUUGCUGACCUUCUCGAUUGUUUACCAUUUUUGUUCAUCCCAAAUCAUAACACUGGCCACAUAAUUUUGGUGCAUAUGUCUACUGCCUUCAAAACUACAUCUCUCAUUCGUUUCUGUUUGUGUAAUGAAAUUUCUAAAUAGCUCAAAAAUUGAAAAUUCCAGCCUAUAAAGGUACAAUUCCCCAAUUACCUUACCUUCCAACAUUCAGGACUGUUUUGCAAACAGCACUUUACCAAUUUGACGCAUAAAGUUCAGUUUCGAUGCAAAGAUAGUUGAUUCUUGCUUUGAUAUCAGGUUUGAACGAGGCUCCUGUUAACUCCUGCAGAAGCUCUAGUACUGCCUGGAUAUGUAGCCCUGUUUGUAGACUUGGCAAAUAUGGCGUACAUGCAAGUUGUUAAAGCGACCAUUCUUGCUUAUGUUCAGCCUUCCAAUAAAGUUUUACACGGCCAUGUUUUCAUGACUGGGGAACUACACCCCUUGUUUAAAGCACUCCUGCGUCUUGGUGUUACAAUUGGUACCCUGUAUGAGCUGAGCUUCCGGAAAUAUUCACUACUCAUUUUAAGAUAAAUGUUAAAUACAACGCAUGGAUUACACGUUUCUAGAAACAUCAAUACAGCCUCUGUGUAUUGUGUAUGCCUCAUCUCUGUUAAAAUUUGUUUAUGUGGUAUUCCGAAUCACCGCAAUCUCGCCUUAGACUCGUGUAUGUGCCACGCCGGCCUGGCAACCAAGAUUUGCUACAGGAUUUUCUUCAGUGCUGCGAAUGAACUUCACUUCCACGUCUGCCAAAUAACUUCGCUUAAGUGCUGCUCUCACGUUCUGAAUUCUUUCUUUAUUUGUAUGCAAAAAUCACAUUCUGCUAUUGAGUUGUCAAACGGUUUGACCUAACAAUUUCUAUGGAUUAGUUUGUGAAUGUCCAUAAUUAUUUUCCUAGAUCUGCGAUAGAUUUGACGUGACUCAUGUCAACAAAUUAUUUCUCACAAUGCUUUCUGUUUCAGUGUAUUUCUUAGAACCCCAUUUACUAUUCAUUUCUGGAAUCGUUAACCCCAGAACCUUGUUUACUCAGAACCCCCAGUGUUACUAUUAGAUUUCCUCCAUUAAUGUGGACAUGGAUUUAUUAAAUUCAUCACCUUAAAUCAUAUUCGUUUGUCAUAAUCGAGUGGUGCGUUUGGAAUGUCAGCCACUACCUGAAUUCUCUGAUGGAUCUUUCUACAGUUUGUAGGACUUGUAUUUAGAUCUGUGUUGUGGUUUAGAUCAAUGAUUUGUAGGCUCGUUUUCCUUUGAGCCAUUUCCCUCUAUGACUUUUAGACCUGCUUGACGCAUGGCUAUGCUAGCAUUUCUCUUCUAGUGGUGAAAUGCAAGUCUCCAGAUCCUUCCAGUUUUCUUUUCCUCUCUAUCUACUGACUGUAACUUUAGCUUACAGUUCUCUAGAAAACAAUAGUAUUGAGACGUUUAAUGCAUCCGCAGAUAAAAGAUUAAUGUUCAUGAAGCUUUUCGGUUGCAGCGGGCUGCACCAGACACAAUAUUAAAUCCAAUAUUUUCUCUAAUGAAGUUCAUGGACCGAAAACAAUUUUCUUAUUUGCAUCUUGUUGAAGGCCUUUGUGUGUGCUGCCGUUCGCAUUUUAGUUUCUAUUCUGUCUUCUAUUAAUGAAGCCCAAGGCAUUUGGAUAAUGGAACCAAACUACAUGGGUAUUUUGAUGUUACGGUAUGUAAUUAGCAAGCGAACAUAGCCAGUUUAAUACUUUUAUUCCGUGUUUAGAUUUCCUAACUCAUAGUGCUCUUGCUACCGCAGUUAACUUCUUAGAUACAUCGUAUUUGUUCGGUACAAUUAAUUUACAUUCUGCCUGGAUAAUUAUGUUAUGGAAUCGAGCUUGGCAUCGCGACUGUGGCAAAAACUUCAAAAUGUGAUUUUCUUUUAUUAAUAUAGAUAUAUGUUCAAAGUGAGUAUUUCCUUGGAAAUUAACUAGUAAAACAUGUUUAAAUUGACACAAUUUUCUUUUCUUCUAACAACACCACACCAACGUUGUUUUUGUACAAUGUAUGUCCUUCAUUCUGUACUUAUAUAUCUUGUAUAUAAUAGCAUUAAGGUGAAAAUGGCUUGUACGGCUUCUUAGGAUUUGUAGGAUGUUUAGAUGUUUCUAAACUUCUAGGCUUGAAUUUCUUUCGUAGAUGCCACCUUGGAUUUCCUUUGCAAUUUGAAUGGAAGCUAUACAGCUUUGGAUUGUUUGCUUUUUUCUGAUCUUUUUCAGAAAAAUUUCCUGACAGUUUCCGACGUUUUACUUCUGGCAUUAUUUGCAGCCACGAUUUGUUUUCAAUGUUAUUUGAAAAAUUCUUCAAAUAAAAUCGUCCCUUUUCAAGGAAAACAAGUUUGAUUAGUUACAUCAGAAUAAUCUAGAUUGAUUUAAAUUGUAAACGUUGUACACAAGUCCAUGUCAUCGGUCUGAUGUAUAUGACAAAAUGGAAGUCUUGCGACGACGCUGUUUUUUAGUCAGGUUCAUGAUGAAAUUUUGUUUUUAAGUGCGUUUUGAAUACUUGCAGUCCCUUCACCUGCUGCAAGUCGCUUUUGUAGUACUCGUGUUGACAUUUUAUUGAACACUUGAAGAAAUGGUCGUGAUUCCACUGCUUGUUAACGCAUUAUGGGGAACAAGCAUCCUAGUGCACCGAUUUCAGACCCUCUUCGGUAAUCAUAUUGUUAAUUUAAAAAAUAACCUAGGCUUUUAGGUCACCACAUCGUCAUCAGGGUGCUACUCUCUCCUUAAUUCGUCUAUGUAUAAGUUACGUUGCAAUAUUCUUGUUAAACUCUGAACGCUUUAUUUUUAAUAUGUCUGAAGGGUUGGUGCGGUAAAGAAAAAAUAUUUAUGAGCGAGGGAAGACCGUCUCGUGAGUCGUGAUUGCUUUCGUUUGAAUGGAUGUAAUGAAUUUGAUUUAAUUGGAACGUUCAAUGGUGUAUGUAAAAAUUAGGGCGUGAACGGGUAGAUUUAUCAGUAUCAACAAGUGAAAAUACAACAAUAUAUUUUUUUAUUACGCAUAGAUUCUGAAGUUUUUCAUUACUAAAGUUAUCUUCAUAACAGAUGUCUAUACUUCUUUCUUUCCAAUUCAAAUGGAUUGCAUUCAUUACUUAGGAUUUUACUUGACUGGAAAAAUUGUGUUGAGGUACGUAUCUGUUGUUAACUGUUGCGCUGUCUUCAAUUUCAGAAGUUUCCACUAUAAUCCAUGUAUGCUCGUUUUAAUGCAGGGUGGUGGCAGUGUUGUUUCGCCAAUUAUCAUGGUUUGUUUCUAGAUUUGAUUUUCGCAACCUUAACCACGAUGGUUUUAUUAUUGUUCGUAGCACCGUAUCAACUGUAGUCAUUAUUUAUAGGCUACUAGUCAUAACUGUGUCUCGUAGAGCUUCACGUUGAAGGCUUGGUUGUGGUCGUGAAAACGCGUGUAUGCAAAGCGGAAAACUGGCAAGGUAUUGCCACACUAUUUGAUCCCAUUUAGAAUCUCGCCCGAAGGAAUAGGCUUUUUGAACAACCCGCCCUCCUUCUCACUCCUGUAUUGAUUUCAUAUUGAACUCAAUACCAUAUCUGCGUUUGAAGUCUAUAUUCUGGGUGUUUCUUUUUUUCAGCAAAGUAGUUGUUGUUCAACUCUCCCGUGGGGAUGGAAUUUUGGCGACUUUCGCUAUUGCUCACUGUGAAUUUUUUUCAUAUUUCAAAGCCUUUUUGCACUUGUCUUGAUAAUUUUUAUUUCUUAUUUUAUCUUUUGUCCUAUCCGCACGCUAUUUCAAGGGUUCUUUCCGAUUAUCUUGUUUUCUAUUGAUACUUUGGCUUCCUGGAAAUUUUUCAGUUGUUGCUUUAAAGUUGUCGUAGUCACAACCGUCACUCGUGAAUUUUGUUGUAUUGAUGCAGGUACUAUUAUUUUAAUUGCAGAUUUAGUUAUGUGAUGCGUGCUCACUUAAUCACUUGUCGCUGUAGCAUGUUGGACCAGUCAAGUUCAUGUUAGAGUAUAUAAUAAGUGAGAGUUAUUGGCUAUUUACGUUAUCAAUUGAGUUCCUAAUUUGUUCUCGAAUUAUUUUAAUAAGUAGAGUUUUUAUAACUUUGUGCUGAGAACACUUUUCUGCUGCACUGUGUCAGCGCUCACUGCAGUGCUACAAUAUAUCCUGUGUAUCCGCUGCUAUAUCUACGAUGGACAAGAGGUUUUUGAACGAGUCAUAAUACGAAGAUGAACUCUUCCACUUGCCCUUCAGUUAUACCUAUCAUAAUUUCUCAAAUUUAUGAAUCAGUGAAUAAUUUUGUACUAACAAUAACAGUAAUAUUUUUCAUUCCUCGACCUGUGAGCUGCAAAAUACAAAGCCAACUUGGCAAAUCGUUAUAAACAGUCAUGAUUUAUUAACGUUUGUCAUGUAUUCACACGUCAUGUUUAACAGUUUUAAUUGAAAUUAUAUUAUCUAUCGUUUCAAGUUGCGUUCUUGCAACAUUCGUGAUGGUGGCUGUCGCUGAUUUACAGUUUAUAAGUCAGGAGGAUUUUAAUCUGUUGAUUGUGAUACAUAGUUUACAGGACAUUUGCUUCACUUAUUUAUAUCUAAUACAAGGAAUGUUGGGUCAGUUGGGUCUGCCUUGUAGGCUGAUUGGUUUUGCUCUGUUUAGUUUGUCUGAUAUGUCCGAGGAUUAGAAAGAAAUCAUUCCAACUAAAUUAAAUCUUUGACGUCACACGACCAUGCGAUGGAAAUAUAUCUCAUUUCUUGAAUAGUUCAUUUACUCUUUUCUCUGCUGACGAUAAAUAAUUUUUUCAAGUGAUCUUUUUGUGUAGAUGCAAAGUGUAAAUGUUGACGAUCGUUAAGGCGAUCAACGACGAUCACGUUCUCUUGCAAACACCUAAAUAAAGUAAAAAUUUUAUUACGAGCUACGUGCUGCUCGAGACAGGCUGGUUCUGUUCGCAUGUUCUUAAUAUCCUCUGCAAUAUGAUCUGCUACAC